ACCGUCGCGUACGCACGCAGGCUGACCGCAAGUAAAGCGCGCUAUUUCUGUCUAAUUCCGUUCUUGAAAAGUACAAAGAGCGUUUGUGUUUGUGGCAUUUUCUUUGUGAAGAUGAGCGGAAAUUUCCUGACAAUCCCUGGCGACGACCACAUAACGAGAAGGUCUCGGAGUUCGUCCCUAACAAACUUAAUAUCAGCAUUUGACACACGAGCGCAGACGCACAGCGAUCUACAGAAAGUAACCGCUUUCAGUGGACACUUCGACAAAAAUCACAAACCCACAUUCUCCAAAGAUGAGUACGGCAAACCAAUACCGGGGUCAAUGACCGAGUUCAGAGGAGCAGAAGCCCAAGCCAGAGUUUGUACAGAAAUGAAAGAACUUUGCGGAAUUAUAAACGACUACGGAAAAACACCCUGCAAAAGCCUACUUCCCCCAGAACUUCAAAAUGCAACAAAAGUUAUAUCAUUUGGUGAACUUUUUUCAAUAUACACGGUCAUAUCUGAUAAACUCGUCGGCAUACUACUACGCUCAAGGAAACAUCAACUGACGUAUUUUGAAGGAGAAGUUUUAUUCCAGAAACGAGAUGACGAUGUUCCUAUAUUCCUGCUGCAGCCAAUGCAAGACAUCAGAGCUUACUGCGACAACAGAGCACUGCAAGCCAGAAGAUCAGUUUCACCAAUGCCAGAAAGGAAUUAG